AUGGCUGAAACCUCGACAAUCACAACCACAACUGCCGGCAAUGAUGCCAAGGUCGUCGGAACAGGCUCGCUGGGCAGCGCCCCGAGUGCUCUGGCACCCACAGAGCGGGCAUCACCUCCUCGGCCACCCUUGAAACAGAUCUACAGUCUGCCGGCCCCGAUCCGGACCUUUCCUCUCCCCACCUUUUAUCCGAAUAAUCCAAUCUCGCUUCUGCACCUUGUCUAUGCGUGGUUGAGCCAAGUCUUCCGACCUCCAUCACACGAGCCGUCUGUGGUGCAUAUAGGAGUCUGGAAUCCCGAGACGCGCUCGGUACACAUCUUAGACGAAUCUUCCAUACGUGCUCUCUGGGAGCAAGGCUUCUAUGGGAAAGGAAGCCUCAGCCGAAGCGAGCCGAACUGGUUGAAGCGGGAGCUGGCACGACGGGGCUCGCCGGAAGGCAAGACCGUCAGUGAGGCACGCACCGAGCUGCGGCGAGAAGAGCGUCGCCUUGCCAAGUGGGAGAGAGCGAAAGCUGAGCUGGAGGCGCUGGAGAAGCAGAGGCUCGCCGAGACCAUCGCCAAAGCUGCUGCCAGCGGAACAACCGGCCCUGGAGGAGCCCUAGACGAGCCUGUUAAGGCGGCAGAGCCCUCGGCACUUCCCGGUCCCGUUUGCCCCGUCGAUGCAGAAUCAAAAGAACCCGAAGAAGCUGAGGAAGAAGAGAAAACUCAAGAAGAUGAAAGUGAGGAAGAUGAGGAAGAUGAGGAAGAUGAGGAUGACGAGCAAGAAUCCACGCGGCAGACGACGCCCACUAUCGGGGCUUCCUAUCCUCAAGACCCCGACGGCCGCCAGACAUAUAAGGGACCCAAACCCCCUGUUGGCCCAGCAGAGUUGCUCGCCCUCCCAAACUCUUUAUCAAAGCUGAACGACCUGCUGAACGGCCCAUGGCUUGAUCGACCUCACGAGGACACCCAUGAGGUGAAAGCGCCAGUUGGCCCAGCGGAACUGCUCCUACUUCCGAACUCCCAUGCGGACCUUGUCUCAAGGCCCGUCAGCGGGGUCGCUAUCUUUGAGAUUGGGCAAACCGCUCCUAGUCAACCGACUUUGCAGGCGACGCACGACAUUAAUGACCAUGCGGAAGACUCCGAUGCCCAGCCCAAGGUAAAUGGUUACGUCAGCGGGGACGCGACCAAGGCAAGUGCCUCGACUGGCAGCAAAGAACUUGAUGGUGUGUCGAGCAAUGUUGUGCGCCUGAAUGGGACUGGUAAAACUCCCGUCACGCCUCCUUCGUUGCCCGCGGAUGGUCCCGUUUUGUGCCCCUCGGCUGCGGAAUUGGAAGGCGACCUAAAGCGCCGGAAGAGCGUCCGCUUCUCACCCACGGUUGAAUCAACCACCUUUUUGCAUUCUGAUCCACCGAGCCCUGGCCGCUCGGCCGGCGCCCAGCCGAGGAGUGCCGCCCCUGCUCCCGCGCCACCAAACGGUGGGACGGUUCCUGAGGAAGCCCUCCCUAAGGAAACCCCCGUUUCCGCUCUUCCUGAGAAGGGUUCGACUUCGAACCCGGAUUCCGCGGUGGACAUCGAGAACAAAGAGCAUUUCCAACUCGCUCCCGAGGAAGCCUUUUUCUUGGUAUUCUCUAUCGGCGCCUUGAAGGUCGUAGAUCCUGUGACCAGGUCUCCAAUUUCUACUGAGAAUCUCCUGUCUCUCUUCCGCUCACACUCCUACUUCACUCCUCGCACAGCCCACUCCCGUCUCAGGCCAGACGACCCCUUUCUCAUUAACUACGCUGUGUACCAUCAUUUCCGGUCGCUGGGCUGGGUUCCGCGCCACGGUAUCAAGUUUGGGGUAGACUGGAUCAUCUAUCAGCGCGGGCCGGUCUUCGAUCACAGCGAGUUUGGUAUUAUGGUCAUGCCUGCUUUUUCGGAUGCUGCCUGGAAAGAACAUGACCAUGAAGAGCUGGAGCGGUCGUGGUCGUGGCUGAUGGGAGUUAACCGGGUGCUUUCGCACGUUCUCAAAAGCUUGGUGCUUGUUUAUGUGGAUAUUCCUCCCCCAGCGGUGUUUGAUGGAGAGAUGCAGCGCGGCGGUAUCGCGGCCGCGUUGAAAAAGUACACUAUUCGAGAGGUUAUGGUUCGGCGCUUCUCAGCAAACCGUAACCGGUGA